AUGUCUAUUUGGCAAGAUAAAAACACACUUGAUCAUCACAAAUAAGUAUAAAAUAUUUAAUGAAGUAACAAAUAAAAUUAGAAGCAUUAGAAGAACUAUAUCUGGAAUACCAAAAAUAUGAAAAGAAGAUUUCUAAAUAAAAUUUAAAAUAUGAUAAUAGAAAAAGGAAUCAAUUUAAGAAAAAGAAAAAAAGAAGCAGUAGUUCAUCAUCAUCUACUAGUUCAAGUCAAUCAUCAAUUUCUAGUUCUAAUUCGUCUGAUAGUUUACCAUCUUUACCUUCCAAUUCUAAAUCAUAAAAAAAACAUCAAAAAAAUUAGUCCAAAAUCUUAGAUUUUAUGAUUGAUAUUAAUCCCCCUAAAAGAGAUUAUUUAAUUGAAUAUGAACUUAAUGGUUGUAAAAAAAUGACUUGUAUGAAAAAUUUAAAUGAAAAAAUAUCUAAACUAAAUAUUUAGUCAACUUAAAAAUAAAAUGAUGAAGAAAAAUAUGAUCAAAAAGAUGAUGAUUUAAAGUUUAUAUAUAUACUAUUAUUUUAGAUAAGACUUAAAAGAUUUAUUAGAAUUAGGACUAAAUCGAUACUUCUAAUUUAAUCCAUUUGAAUACUGCUAUAGAUGUAAAUAGACUGGACAUUAAGAAAGACAAUGUGUUGAGCUAUAAAACAUAUAAUGUAAUUAUUGUUUGAGUUAAAAACAUGCAGGAGAUUCUUGUUCUAAUGUUUCUUGUUUUAGAUGUAAUUAAAUUGGACAUAGAAAAAAUGAUUGCAAGGUUAAUCUAAUUUAUAUGUACUUAGAUUUCAAAUAAAUUAUAAUAAUGCCUUAAUUGUGGCAAAAAUAGUCAUAAAGAAUCAGAAUGUGGAAUUAUCACCCAAUUAUUAAAUAAAUUAAAAGAUGAAAUUCAAUGCUUUGUUUGCAGAGCUAAUGGACAUAUUAAUUGCAAUAAUAUUAUUUAUUGA